GUCGAAGUUAUUUACGCGCUAAGCCCGAUCUAUGCGGGGCCUCACUAAGAAUCUGCUGUAGGGAAAUAGCAAAGCACGCGCACGUACGUACACAGGUACACACGCAGGUACUUACAGGUGCUCGCGCACUGCUCCUCCUACUCGGUGCUGUUGCUGUUGGUGCUGUCUUCAGAUCUGUUUCGUCGUACAUUGACGGGCAACCGAUGACUGAACGGUUGGUUACGUUGCUGUUCUGGAGGUGUAUGUAGUCAGCUUAGUGGUGAACUCAGACGUGAAUACGAGUUGUAUUUUAGAAGUCCGUGUGUGAAUGCUGCUGGCUUCACUGCGCGUUUGCCUGCGAAGAGCCAUUGCCCAAGAUCGGAGCGACGACUGCAAGAAUUGCGAGGUGACAGGGAGACUCCACCAUGGACAGCGCACAAGUGAGCGUCAUCGCCUUCGGACCCACAGCCGGAGGAGUUGGAUGUGGAGGAGGUGUCGAGGAUGACGAGGAGGAAUGCGGCAGCACCUCGAGUCCCCUGAGGCGCGUGUCGCGCCCUCGGGGCGCCUACACGAGGAGGAACAAACCUCCAUACUCCUACAUCGCCCUCAUCGCCAUGGCGCUCAGGGACUCGGCCUCGGGGAGACUCACUCUGGCCGAGAUCAACGACUACCUCAUCGCGAGGUUCGACUUCUUCCGGGGCUCCUACACGGGCUGGAGGAACUCCAUCCGGCACAACCUCUCCCUCAACGAGUGCUUCGUGAAGGUCUUGCGGGACCCGUCCAGGCCCUGGGGCAAGGACAACUACUGGAUGCUGAACCCGGCGAGCGAGUACACAUUCGCCGACGGCGUCUUCCGGCGCCGGAGAAAGCGCCUCCCCCGUAAAUCCGACGAGCUGCACCUUCCAAACACCGCCUCCUCCUCUUCCUCCUGCUACUUCUCCUCCUCCUCUCCACCCUCGUCAUCAACAUCACCAUCGUCACCAUCGUCGUCGUCGUCUUCGGCGUCGCCGCCGCUGCUGCUGCCACUUUCCAUGGGCGGUCCGAUGGCCCAUUCCCCGGCCAGCCCCCGUUCUCCUGCACGGCAUUUUUUGCUGAAGCCCCCGUCAACAUCAUCAGCAGCAGCAUCAGCAAGAUCGGGAGGAGCAGGUGGAGCAGGAGGUCUCGGCGAGCAUCAGAACGUCAGGAAGACCUUCAGAAGCGCCUUUACUAUCGACAGCAUCUUAAGCCGGCCGGACCGGGCAACCGUGGAGGUGGUACGCUCAGACCACGAGAGGUUCGGCCUCUCCUCGUCUCCUCUCUCAUCGUCGCCAUCGUCGCUGUGGCUGCCCGCGGUGUCACCUCCUCAUCACCUCCUCCACCCCUCGCCAGAGUGGGGGCUCCUGAUGUAUGAGCUCAGCCGGUGGCCGUGGAUGAUUGAUCAAAGUCUCGCUGCUGGUGGUGUUGUUGGUGGGACUGUGGGUUCGUGUCACCAUGCGUUCCCAGCUGCGGCUAUGUGUUAAGCGGCUACGGUCGCGUUCUUUGUGUCUUUGUUUCGUUUGUUUUGUUUGUGCAACCGUUGUGGCAACAUCUUUGCCACGGUUUUGCGUUACGGGGUAAACGAUUGACGCAGGGACAGACAGACGAAGCGGGUAGAUGGACAAGCCCGAAGAUACACGAGCAGGAAUAAUAGACUGACUCGAAAGUGGAUAGAUGAACAGACAAACCUGGAGAAACAGCAGACAAAGAGAGUCUGUGAGAGAGGCAGAGAGAGAGAGAGCAACUAGGGGUGAGAGAAAAGGGAGAACGACAAAGAGGAGGGAGAAUGAAGGACAAUUAGAGCAAUAGCGAUGCGGAGGUGGAGUGGUUCGCGCACUGCUCUUUAAACGCGGGUGACCUGAGUUCGAUUCUCAGCCACGGCUAACAUCAGUGGCGAGUGAAAUCAGAACCGGUCCUGGGCCCACUUCACGAACCCAUGUGAAGGGCUGCAAGUUGCUCUUUGCCCGAUGAUGUUUGUCUGCAGGAGGCACGGGUGGCUCAGAGGCUACAGCUCUCAGCUGACACUGCUACAUUUGUGAGGCAAGCGCCGAGUGAUUAAUCCUGGGCUCUCAAGUGCAGUGAGUUGAUGGUGUCUCAGCACUAUCACCAGCGACUAAACACAAAUGCAAUGAAGUGAUACUGCACUUAAUGUGGGGGAUACAUUCUAAAAAUCAAAAACAUCGAUUUGACUGUCAUCGGAUGAACAAUACCUCUCGGUGGCAGGGCAAGUGGGAAAAUGCUGCCUAUCCCACUACUGCGUGAACCAGUGAAUCUCAGACGUAGCUCUGUAAUGUCCGCUUCUUUCGCGGGGAUGUUCGUUCUCUGGCACGAAGGGUCGCACCGCUCUGCGGGAGACACGGAUGGCUUCUUCACGACAACAAUCCGACAGACACCACAUUGAGGCUAAAAUUUUAAUAGAAAUAAGAAUGUGUAUGAUAGAGGAACGUCAGACAAAAAAGUAGUUCUGUGUCACAAGUAUAUAAUCUUUGAAAAUACCAACUUAUUCUACGGUAGGGUCACAUCUAUCACACCCUUGUAUAAAUUGAAUGUACAUAGUCCCUCUAAAAAUGUGUCGAGACCACGCACGCUCAGCGUGUCACCCAUUGUGUGUUUAUAAAUACUGUAACGGGUUAAUCGUGGACGAAUUGUCUGUGGCUUAAAGUAAAAGCCUUGACGUAGGUAUGCCGCGUCCGUCUCGCGCGCCUUAGUUUUGGCUAUUUGUGUACAGGUGAAACCAGAGCAGUCAUCAAGGUAUAUAUAAAUAUUAAGUGAUGUCAGUGGAAGUCUUGUAAAUAUUAGGGGACCCUUGUCUCUUCUGACAAAAGCUCGUCGUCUAUUAGCGGGACAAUUCAGCCCCACACACCCCCCCCCCCCCCAUGACGAUUUGAUGAACUGUUGAUGAACCAUGAUGACGAUUCGAUUCAAGAAUCGAUAAUAAUUUUAAAAGUUACAUUGAACUGUAACCCCUCCGGCGGCUGCAGCGAUCAUGUGAACCCAUUACUUACGAUGCAUACGAAUCGAAAACCAAACUUAGAUUCUUCCUACGAAUCGAUACGAAUCGACGAAUGGGUUCACCGUUAUGCCGACAGAAACAGCGGCUAAUAUCGUAUUGAUGAACAUUCCUUGUUAAGUUAGCAGCAGCGGGGCAAUGCCAUCACUUGUUGCGGAUAGUUAACAAUGCGUUAUAAUUAGAUAACUUGGUGGUUGUACUCGAAAUCUUCAUGAUAGUAAGGCUACCAGACGAACGUCCAUUUGUUCUGGGUGAGCCACCCAGAGGCUGGGCAGCCCUACCUGAUUAAUGUGCACCGACGAAAUGUGUGGCAGUCGCUGUGAAACUUGUGACAUGUGCUCAGAAGAAGAUGCGGUUUUCAUGCGCACAGAUUGCACGAUGUUUGUGAUUAUAAUUUUUUACACACUGCAAUUGUUUGCAAAGAUGUAUAUAUGUUUGUGUAUAUGUAUACAAUAAAACGUGGAUCAUGACA